AUGCGUUUCACCACUGGUCUCGUUGCCCUCGCGGCUGCCUUCUCUGGCGUCAACGCCGACACCACCACCCUCACCUCGACCUUGACCAAGACCAUGACCCUCACCCAGUGCGGUCCCGAGGUCACCAACUGCCCUGCUCGCUCGUCCACCACCCCGAUUCCCAGCACCAGCACCAGCACCAGCACCACGCCCACCCCGACUCCCAGCACCAGCACCACGCCUACCUACACUCCUACCCCUACCCCCGAGACGCCCACCGUCAUCACCACCUCGAUCACCCCCUCAUCCAACUCGACCACCUCGCACUCCAAGACUCUGCCUCCCGCCGUCUCCACCAAGUGGCCCGUCGCUCAGAACACCACUGUCAAGGCUGGCCCCACCGCCGCCUUCUUCACCAGCAGCUACAUCCUGCCCUCGACCACGGCCGGUGUCCCUGCUGAGGAGCAGCCCACCGCUCCUGCCUCUCAGGUCCCCACUGCCGCUGCCGGUUCUGUCUUCGCCAACACCGGUGCCGUCGCCCUCGCCGUCGCCGCCGCCAUCGCCGCCGUCUACUAG